AUGGAUGUAGGCACCUAUAUUAUUAUAAAGGGUAACGAUGUACUGACCCAACUUGAUGAAAGCGACGAAGAGUGCGAAGAACUCACCGAACAAUUUAAUGUUAAACCUCAAGUAAAGGAUACAGUAUUUAAUCCAAAUUCUAAAAUUGAGAAAUUGGUAUUAAAUAAAAAAAAGAAAUUAGAUAAUAAGUAUGGUAAUAAUACUGAUAAUAAUAAUGAUAAUGUUAGUAAUGGUGUCAAUGGUAAUGAUAAUGUUGGUGAUAAUGUCAAUGAUAAUGGUAAUGCUAGUAGUAAUGUCAAUGAUAACGGUAAUGCUUGUAAUUAUGUCAAUGAUAAUGGUAAUGCUAGUAAUAAUGUCAAUGAUGACUAUGAAAAUAGUGAUAUUGUUUCUGAUAGUGGUUCUGAUUCAGAUCCAGAUAUUGUCAACUUUAUAUGGAAUUAUGAAAACAAUCUAAGAACCGUCCCAAAGUCGGAUAGAUUAACAAAAUCCAAAUCGAAAAAUGUGACUAAUUUUAAAAGUUUAACCAGCAAUUCUGUUGUAGAAAAUUUACAAUAUCAUGGUGCUGACAUUUACAAAAAUUACAUGUAUUAUGUUGAUAAUGAUAGUGAUUAUAUGGAUGAUAAAAUUACCAAACUUUACAAAAAUAAUUAUUCACAAGCAUUUGCAAAUAAAUUUAAAGAAGCCAUCAUCACCACGAUAUAUACUAAAUCUAAGGUUAUUAAAUCAACGUUUGACAUAGAAACUAAAGUUGUUAUACAGUUAGUAAAGUUAUGUCAUGCGUACUUGUCGUACGCAUUGGGGCCGGCCAUGAUGCGUCGGGGUAAACCUUUAACGUCGGCUGAAUGGUCGAAGCUUUUUAUACGUGCGAUACAUACAUUUGAAAAGGAAAUGGCACCCCGUAAGUACCCAACGUACGAAGUGUAUCCGUUACGAGUCGUCGACGAAGAAAAAAAGGAUCGUUUUGACUUGCUGCUGGUGAUGGACGGAGAAAACUCGCACUACGUGUACAUAUCCAAUUUUUCCCGGUUGAUACGCGCACAGAAAACCAGACAUAAUGGGAGUGCCGUGUUCUGUAAGAGGUGUUUCACCUCGUUCGACAACAGAGCUCAUAAAUUCAAGUUGAGUGGGCAGGAGGCUUAA